AUGUCCACCGAACCCUGUCAAAACUUCUGCUGCUCCGCCUUUAUCCAAUACCUCGACGCUCCACUCACGAAGACCGACAUCCUGGAAACGGAGAUCCAUCCCCUCUUCGCUCCCAAGCACUUCGACAAAGCCAUCGACUACUCCCUCAUAGAACUGCCCCUCCGUCUGGUCUCCCAAUGGCUCAAAUUAGACCCCGUAGUCCGCUUGAUCGUGGUAAUGGCAGAGGGUGAGCUCAAACGUGACGGCGCAUGGAAAGGAUCCAAACCUUUCCCGGUCGACUUCAAAACAUUGGAUGGUUUCGCGAUGCGUGGUGUUUGGCCGAAUGUGGGGCGCUAUGCCACACCAGAGCAGGAUACGGUAGGUCCUGAGAUGCGCCAGCGAGCGGCAGAAUUGCUGCUAGGAGUCGUAGGUCUCAUUCGCUUCCGUAUCGAUGAGAUCUCCGGACACGAAGGUAAAUGUAUCCCCAGCGAACGUCCCCUCGUUCAUCCCAAUUUCCCUCGAGGAAGCAAGAGCAUAGUAUUCGUUGGGAAGGACAACUAUCGCUUGAUCGAGUCUUUUACGCCUGCAUCAGGUAAGUCCACGGCUCCAGAUUCCCCAACAUGGCUCCUCCUCAGCCGCUUUAACCUAGCGCAACUACUCAUCCACGAACUGUUUCACGCCCUCGAGCAUCUUUACAACGGCGUGCGAAAAGCUGAAUUCUUCUACGAAGAUUCCAGUAUCGCGGAAUGCGGGUGCGCGGUUGAGAACGCCAUAUUCGGGGGCCUACUAACAAGCAAUUCAAAUGUUGUGACUUCUAGAGCGAGUGAAUGGUGUGAAGCAAGCAAACGACGUCCCAGAUCGAAACCAAUGA